AUGGAGCUGAGCUCUUCAGAAGUGUCAUUGGAGUUUCUUCUAAUGUGGCCGAUCUCACUGUUGAGGGAUAAGGCUUAUCAGUGGUGGCUCACUAUUAAAGAGGGCACUCAGCUUGAAUAUCUGACCUGGGAGUUCUUUAAGACCGCCUUCCAGGGGAAAUAUGUGGGGGCAAGCUACGUAGAUGCCCGUAGAAGGGAAUUCCUAAAUCUGACUCAGGGAGAUCGAUUAGUGGCUGAGUGUAAGGCCGAGUUCUUGCGACUGAGCUACUAUGCACGAGGUAUGGUGGCCUCUGAGUAUGAACGAUGUAUUCAUUUUGAGGAUGGGCUCAGAGACAAUUUGAGAGUCCUGAUAGCUCCGCAGAGAGAGCGUGAUUUUUUUGCACUGGUAGAGAAUGCGAAGAUUGCCGAGAAGGUUAAGCGCGCUGAGCGCCAAAAUCCUGACCACGAGAGAGGUAAGAACAAGAGGGAUUCAGAGCCUUCGAGUUCUGUACAAAGGCCUAAGAAAAAGGCCAGAGUUGAUGGGCAAGUUAGAGUUGGGCCCCCUAUUACUGUUACUGGACUGCAGCCAUGUACUGAUUGUGGUUGA